AAACGCAUCAGCCUCCGCAACCGGAUGUGUGGGAGCUGUCCAUUAGCAACUGCAGCCACCCACACUAGAAAUGCAGCACAAGCAGCUCAACCGCACGAUCGCAGUAACGACUGGUUUGAUCAUGUGUGCGGUCUACGUACUAUACACGUUCCACGCCUGUUUGCUGUCCGGCAUAAAUCGCAGCUUCAAGCAGACUGCUGCUCUCACGAUAGCAUCUACGGUGACCGUAUCGACCACCUCAUCUACUCCGCUGCCACACGUUCGCAUUCUUGGCUCGAUUGUACGCAUCGUACCGCUGGUCGAUGACAACACGGUCAAGCAGACGGCCACCACUUUACGGCUGCUAUCGCCGAACACAACCGACGGUUCGCCCAAGUAUCGGUUCCUGCGCCAGCAGGGUCUUCGACCAUCGCGCCACCUGCCGGAUGCGCUCAUUAUCGGCGUGAAGAAGAGUGGCACGCGGGCCCUGCUGGAGUUUGUCCGGUUGCAUCCGGACGUGCGGGCGGCCGGCUGUGAGGUGCACUUCUUCGACCGACACUACACGAAAGGUUUCGCCUGGUACCGGCACCACAUGCCACCAACGAUCGAAGGUCAGAUAACGAUGGAAAAAACGCCCAGCUACUUCAUAACGCGGGAAGCACCGCGACGGGUUCGGCACAUGAAUCCCGCCACCAAGCUGCUGGUGGUGGUCCGUGACCCCGUCACACGUGCCAUCUCGGACUACACACAAGCGAAGAGUAAGAAGCGCGAUAUGAAGCGGUUCGAGGAGCUCGCCUUUACGAACGGAUCGGCCGGUGGUGUCGUCGACACGAGCUGGGGUCCGGUACGGAUCGGUGUGUACGCCAAGUACCUCGAACGGUGGCUCGAAUGCUUCCCACUAUCGCAGCUACUGUUUGUCAGCGGCGAACGACUGAUCGCCGAUCCGGCCGUCGAGAUUGGACGUGUGCAAGAUUUUUUGGGCCUCAAGCGGGUGGUGAACGAGAAACAUUUUUACUUUAACUCCACCAAAGGCUUCCCGUGUCUGCUCAAGUCGGAGGAACGGUCCAGCCCGCACUGUCUCGGGAAAACGAAGGGACGAAACCAUCCCCGUAUAGACAGUGUUGCCAUUGACCGGUUGCGCGAAUUUUAUCGGCCAUUCAACCAAAAGUUUUAUCACCUCACGGGCAUCAAUUUCGGCUGGCCGUAGAAUCCGUG